CACCCGCGUCCUCCCCCAGGACGCUCCCGCGGAGCUCCGGCCCCUUCGCCCCGCUCGCGGAGGCCGCGCUGCGCGCCGGGCGGCGGCGAGGCCGGAAGAUGGCCUGGGUGCUCAAGAUGGACGAGGUGAUCGAGUCCGGGCUGGUGCACGACUUCGACGCCAGCCUCUCGGGCAUUGGGCAGGAGCUGGGCGCCGGCGCCUACAGCAUGAGUGAUGUCUUGGCAUUGCCUAUUUUCAAGCAGGAAGAUUCCAGCCUUCCAUUGGAUGGUGAAACAAAACACCCACCCUUUCAGUAUGUGAUGUGUGCUGCAACCUCACCAGCAGUAAAACUGCAUGAUGAAACACUCACUUACUUGAACCAAGGUCAGUCUUAUGAAAUUCGUAUGCUGGAUAAUCGGAAAAUGGGAGAUAUGCCUGAGAUCACUGGAAAACUGGUGAAGAGCAUCAUAAGAGUUGUAUUUCAUGACAGACGGCUGCAGUAUACAGAGCAUCAGCAACUUGAAGGUUGGAAGUGGAAUCGUCCAGGAGAUAGACUUCUUGAUUUAGAUAUUCCAAUGUCUGUGGGGAUAAUUGACACGAGGACAAAUCCAAGCCAGUUAAAUGCGGUUGAAUUUCUUUGGGACCCUGCAAAACGCACAUCUGCUUUCAUUCAGGUGCACUGCAUCAGCACAGAAUUUACCCCACGGAAGCAUGGAGGUGAGAAGGGAGUGCCUUUUAGGGUACAGGUUGAUACCUUUAAGCAGAAUGAAAAUGGAGAGUAUACAGAUCAUCUACACUCAGCUAGCUGCCAAAUCAAAGUUUUUAAGCCUAAGGGUGCAGACAGGAAACAAAAAACUGACCGAGAAAAAAUGGAGAAGAGAACUGCUCAUGAAAAAGAAAAGUAUCAGCCGUCCUAUGACACCACAAUCCUUACGGAGAUGAGGCUUGAGCCUAUAAUUGAAGAUGCAGUUGAACAUGAGCAGAAAAAGUCCAGCAAGCGGACUUUGCCAGCAGACUACGGUGAUUCUCUGGCAAAGCGAGGCAGUUGUUCUCCAUGGCCUGAUGCCCCUACAACCUAUGUGAAUAACAGCCCUUCCACAGCACCCACUUUCACCUCCUCUCAGCAGAGCACUUGCAGUGUCCCGGACAGCAAUUCUUCUUCCCCAAAUCAUCAGGGAGAUGGAGUUUCAUUGUCCUCUAGUGAACAACUUCAGCCUUCAGCCACGAUCCAGGAAACACAACAAUGGCUGCUCAAAAACAGAUUUUCUUCCUACACAAGACUGUUCUCCAAUUUUUCAGGUGCCGACUUACUAAAACUGACAAAGGAGGAUUUAGUACAAAUUUGUGGUGCAGCCGAUGGAAUUCGGCUCUAUAAUUCACUGAAGUCAAGGUCGGUUAGGCCCCGCUUGACCAUCUAUGUCUGCCAGGAGCAGCCAGGCAACGCACUGCUACAAGGGCAGCGGCAGGCCCCGGGCAGCGGCAGUGAGAAUGGCAGUGGGACUCCCUUCGUUUAUCAUGCAAUCUACUUGGAAGAGAUGGUUGCCUCAGAAGUCGCUCGAAAACUCGCAGUGGUGUUUAAUAUUCCUUUCCACCAAAUUAAUCAAGUUUACAGACAGGGUCCUACUGGUAUUCACAUUCUUGUUAGCGAUCAGAUGGUUCAGAACUUUCAAGAUGAGAGUUGUUUUUUAUUCUCCACUGUAAAAGUUGAAAAUGGUGACGGUAUCCACAUAAUUUUGAAGUGAUGUCUUACAUAGUUUGAACUAUACUCAGUACCAAAUAAAGUCACGCUUAAAAGUGUGUGAAGACUGAAUCCAAGAAGUCUUUGGGAUUGGAUUUUUACUGUAUGAAAUGUUUCAUAUUGAAAACACAAGAUGACCUUUCUAAUGAGCUGUAUGAGAGGCGAAUCUCCUCACUGUCACUGCCACAGCCCAGCAUCCUCUCGUGAGUGAGAGCACGUUGGACAGCGAGCGUGCAGCUGUGGGGCCGUGGUGCAGGCAGGGCUGCCUGCUUCCCUGGCAGAGGCCAGUAGAUACCGCUCCUAGAAGCAGCCUUGGCUGCCUUUUACACUGUAUGCGGUUUGGAAAUGAAUGUAAAAAUGUACUUGGGCAUUUACCUUUCUGUGCCAGUUUGGCUUUUGCUGCCUGAACCUCACGUGGACCUGGCUGGACAGUGCUGUUGCGGAGCCGUCUGCGGAGACGCUGGGUCUGCUCUGGCGCUCGCUGGUCAGGUAAGAGGCUCUGCACCUUCUCAGAAGAAAUCAUGUCUAAGGGUGUGUCCCGCGUGUCAUGCCAGAGCGGGAGGAUCCAAGCCAGGAAGGCAGGCUUGAAGCAAACUGCAUUAUCAAGAGUACCUUGCUGAGAGGAUCAGUGUAAAUCCUAAUAGGUACAAAGACUUUUGGGUUUUUUUGCUUUGUCACAGAUCUAUUGAAAACUUCGUUGUCUGCUUCCAUUUUAGCAUUUUGUUCCUGAUUUUCAUUUUGGAAGCCCCAUUGCUUUUUAAACUAGUGGCUUUCUCUCCCCCCGCCCCCCCUUCCUACCCUACCCUCCUAUUUCUACAGCAUUUUCAAAGUCCUACCCAGGCAUUGGGAAGAGGUGACCUAAAAGGGGGGGGGGAGGGGAGUGUGACAGUCUGGUGUUAAGGGAUCAUCAUCAUCAUGAAACACUAGGUAUCAGACACUAAACGGUACCAUAAAAGUCCCUUACGUUUCUCAAAUAUUGAGUACAAUCAUGGGCUAACGUUCUGUGAUCAUUUAGGUUUUUUUUCCUCCACGAUAUGAUAGCUUCAUUAAAAGAGUGCCUCCUCCACCAAACCAAAUGCUGUUUGCCAAUCUAUUUUUCAAAGGGAAUCUGCUUUUGCUUUUCUUGUUCUCCCUCCUCCAAAUGCAUCAGCAUGCAUUUUUGAAGCCUGUGGUGUAGCAGAUGCAAUUUCUGCUCCGAUGCCACUUAACCCUAGCAUCUCUGUCCACUUACCCAGGUGUCUUGGUUUUUGACUGUACGAUUUCCUCCUUAUCCUUUGUUCGGGCAGGUGUGGGAUUGGAGUUUGGAAUUUUUCCCCAAAGACAAACUGCUUCCAGUGGGUAAAAGCUUUGCCAUUUUAUGUUUUUUUGAUGAGAAGGUAUUUCAGUCUUCAGUUUGAAAAUACCUAGCUCUGUAGAUCCCGAAGGGGAGGAGAGCUCUCCUUUCUGUCCUUGUCCCUUUGUACGACCACAUGUUUCCUACACCAAUCACUUGGGAAAGACGUGAGCACUUGUUUUAGUUCUGCUUGUCUAUUUAGCAUUCCUUUUUGGGUCUCAAGAUUUCUGGAACAAUAAAUGUCAUUUAAUGCUGUGUGCUAUUUUGAAUUCCUUAUCAGGUUUUACAAGUGGGGUAAAAAUACAAAUUCAA